CCUCAAUGUCUAUCGCAAUCGGUCUUUGGAGCUUGGCCUUGCAACCUGGAAAGCCUGAGCCCGUUAUACCCCAAGCGGAUGUUCAAAUCACCAAUGUAGCCCUCGGUGAGGAGCUCAAAGACACGACCGGAAGAACCGUCAUCAAGUUCUCCUUUGAAAGCCCCAUUCAAAUGGACGACGAGGACGAGGAUGAGGAAGAACCCACACCUGUCAUUUCAACCACCGUUCUCUGCUCUCUGACCGCUGGAAAGAUUGAACAAGCUACGACCAACAUCAUUCUGGAAAAAGAGGAAGAAUACUUAUUCGAAGCCGUUGGCAAGAACACUGUCUACUUAACUGGAAACUAUAUCGAUCAACCACUAAAUCAGCCCCCCUUCGAUGACGAUUCUGACGAAGACUUGGAUGAUGAGGACGCUUAUGAUCUCCGAGAAGUCAGCUCUGACGUCGAAAUGAACCCUGAAGAUGUUGACGGGUUGGAAAGCGACGCAAGCCGGUUUGAAGAAGUCAAGGAGGAGGAGGCUACCAAACCCCAAAAACGGCCUCGCGAAUCCGACGCCGCUGACGGUGAAGCUCCGAAAUUGAGUAAAGCUGAGAAGAAGAAGAACAAAAAGCAAAAGGCGGAAGGAGGUGCCGCAGUGCCCACUGGCGAAGAGACCAAGGACAAGAAAGAAGAGAAGAAGGAGGAGAAGGAGAAGAAGGAAAAAAAAGUAGCUGACGAACCUAAAGCGAAGGAGCUCCCUGGAGGCAUCAAGAUCAAAGAUAGCAAGGUUGGCACUGGUCCCCAAGCGAAGAAGGGCAACACUGUCCUCAUGCGAUAUAUCGGAAAACUCCAAAACGGUAAAGUCUUCGACAAGAACGUCAAAGGCAAACCGUUUACCUUCCACCUUGGCCAAGGCGAGGUCAUUAAGGGUUGGGACGAGGGCAUCGUCGGAAUGCAGGUGGGUGGCGAGCGGGUCCUCACGAUCCCUCCUGCGAUGGCGUACGGCAAGAAGGCUUCUGGUGCUAUUCCAGCGAACUCUACUCUUACCUUUGAGGUGAAGCUCAUGGAGAUUAAGUAAAGGACGUUUUGCUUUCCAUGGUUGAUCUAACUAGCACCUACAUAAAAGUAAAAUGCCUAUGUAAUUGAAUCUGCUGUUGACUCAAGGUUUACACAAGUACUAUC